AUGGCUCUCAACUUCGGUCGCUCCAUCUCUUUCCCUCUCACGCCGGCGAGGUCCUUCUCCAAGCCCCGCCAUACCCGCUCCAUCAGCCUUCCGGGCAACGCCUCCUCCCACCCGCUCCUCGCCAACCUCCACGCCCACAUCGCCGCCGUCCGUUCCUGGAUCCAGCAGGGCCCUUCCUCCUCACUCCCGGCCGGCCUGGCCGCCAUCCAGGCGCUCCACUCCUCCCUGGCCGACCUCCUCCUCCUCCCGGAGUCCGGGACCGUGCUUCGGAGCCCUACCAGCAAUGCCGCCGACUACCUCCUCGAUGCAUUCCUCCUCCUCGCCGACGCGCACCAGGGCUUCCAUGAGUGCCUUAUGUCGCUCAGGCACGCCGCCACCGAGUCCUGCGCGGCCUUGCGUAGGGGCGACGCCGGGAGGCUCGCGUCCGCUGCCAGGUCCCAGCGUCAGGCCGAGAAGGAGCUCGCCCGUCUCGCCGCGUCCGUCUCUGCCGUCUUCUCCAAGAGCGCGCGCCUGAACCUCGCCGCCGUUAGCGGUGAGGAGGCCGAAAUGGCCUACGCGCUCGUCGAGGCGGCCGCUGCAAGCGCCGUGGCCUCCGCGGCCGUGUUCUCGGCCGCCGCGUCCAUGUCGACCGCGGCGUCAUCUUCCAAGAAGACGGCCACGUUUAUUCCCGCGUUCACCAGGAGGGCCGCCACCACGCCGGAGACGGCGGAGGCCACAGUGGAGAGGCUGCACGCUUUGGAAAGGUGCUUGAGCGAGUGCGACGGCGUCUGCGACAUGGUGUUCAGGAGUGUGGUGCAGACCAGAGUUUCACUGCUCAACAUCAUGACGCCUACCAUCUAG